UGCUCUCCCUGUGCUAUGCCGCUGAGGGAGGCUGCAAUUUUAAAAGAAUAGGAUAAAUUAUACCCACAAACUCCCAAUAUUUCCUGAAACAUUGCAAUCUGAAACCCUAUUGUAGGAAGCAGAAGAUUCCAGGAGACAUUCUACAAAUGAAGGACUCUAAACGCUGUGAUUGGAUAAGGAAUUCUAGAAGGAAGGUAUCCUCACCCAAGGAGAGCAGGAUUCCAGGAAAAAGGCAUGGGCUGCGGCUACAAUGGGCGGGGCCCCCAGGCCGGGCCGCCCCUCCAGGACCCCCGACGGGGCCCUGCGCUCCUGGCGGCUCCCUCCCCCGGCGCCCCCUCCCUCCCGGAAGGCCUCGGGUCAGAGCGGUCCCACCCCCUACGCCCAGAACGGAGCCCGCGUUUUCGCAGAGCUGGAAGUGCCGCAGCUCGGGGUCUCUUCCCUCCGCCGUCACGGAACUCCCCGGAGGCCGAGGGGAGGGCGGCCUCACUGAGGCUGCCGGUUCUGGACGGGCCCCGGCGGCCGAAGCUGGGAGAGUCGUGCGGACCGCGGGCCGGGUUAUGGAAGUUUUCAGCUCUUAUGUCUUCAGAGAUUUAUCCUACAAUAAAAUACAGACUAUCGAAAGACGUACAUGUGAACCACUACCUUUUUUGCAGUUUAUAAAUCUUGGUUGCAAUUUACUCACAGAACUGAGCUUUGGAACAUCCAGGCCUGGCAUGGAAUGCAGUUUUUCCACAAGUAGAAGUGUGGGUUGUACACCCCUUCAGCUCAGAAAUUCUGUGAUUUCUCAUGACACAAGGAAAUGAUAGAGGGUACGUUCAAUGGCCCGAAGGUGAUUUCAGACUCAAGGGCUUCCCUGGUGGCGCAGUGGUUGGGAGUCCGCCUGCCGUCGCAGGGGACACGGGUUCAUGCCCC